AUGCCGCUUACACUGGAUGCCCGCACGAGCGCGACAACUUUUGCCAGCGCCGGCGCAAGCCAUCAAUUAUUGGGCAAUGCCAUCGGCGACCACAACAACAUCGCCGACAACAAUGCGGAUGCGGCCUUUUCCAACAAUUUGACCGCCACCAUCACAUCAAUACGCUCGAAUGUGACGCGCGUGCUCUACAUGUACUUCCAGAAUGACGACGAGCAUGGCUAUGGGGCGGCUACAACGCCUACCACCACUACAACAACUAGCAACAGCAACAGCAGCAGCAUCAACAUCGCGACAACCACAGAAAGGCUUUCGAACCUCGACGCUAGUGCAACAGAUGCGUUAAUUGGCGCGGCUGUAGAUGCGACGGACCAACGCGCCGGCUCCACGCUGCUUGGCACCGCCAAAACAUUGCUGCAAGCGCCGCUUAACGCAUCCAGCACUACGACCGGCUUCCUAACGUCAGCGUCCGCUAAUGUUACGCGUGCGGCGUCAACGCUAGUCAAUGCCACUGCUUAUAUUUCGUCCUCUGCUGCCGCCUAUGCCACCGAAUUGCUCAAUUCGACGACGACAACAACAACGACAACGACAUCGGCGGCAAGUGGCAUAGCUAGCGCGAGUACGAGCGCAGUGAACGGCAGCAGUGUUUUAACCACCGCGCCCAGCAUCAUUUACCCGCCCUAUCAGGUCGCCAUACGCAGCUUUGAGAAUUGCUCGGCGCUCUUUGCCAAUUAUACGCGACCGCAAAAUGGCGUCUUCUGCAAUUGGACAUGGGAUCAAUUCCUCUGCUGGCCACCAACACCGGCUGGCGUACUAGCGCGCAUGCAUUGUCCACCAGUCGGACAUGGCAUUGACACAACAAAGUUCGCCAAUCGAAAAUGUGAGCUGGAUGGCCACUGGGGACGUCGUCCCAACGACGCACAGAAUAGCUCCAACGGCUGGACGGACUAUCAGCCUUGCUUUAAGCCAGAAGUUAAUGAUAUGCUGCAGCGAGUGGAGAAUAUCGAUGUCUACCUAGACAUCGCUCACCGCACGCGCACCCUUGAGAUCGUCGGCCUAAUCCUGUCGCUGGUCGCUUUGAUUAUCUCGUUAAUUAUUUUUUGCAAUUUCUCCUCGCUACGCAACAAUCGCACAAAAAUUCACAAAAAUCUCUUUAUUGCUAUGGUUUGCCAAGUGAUCAUACGACUGACGCUGUAUCUCGAUCAGGCGUUUCGGCGUGACAGUCAAUCGUCGACGGCGAAUACGAGUACAGCGGGUAUUGAGAAUACGCCCUACCUCUGCGAGGCCUCCUACGUGCUGCUCGAGUACGCUCGCACCGCCAUGUUCAUGUGGAUGUUCAUCGAGGGUCUGUACCUGCACAAUAUGGUGACGGUGGCGGUGUUUCAAGGCCGCUUUCCGCACACAAUCUUCUCGCUACUCGGCUGGGGCCUGCCCGUGCUGAUGACCACCGUCUGGGCGAUAUGUACGGCCUUGUAUACGGACAGCGCACAGGACUGCCUAUGGAACUACAAUUUGACGCCUUACUACUGGAUACUCGAGGGACCGCGUUUCAUUGUUAUACUGCUGAACUUCUUCUUCCUGAUGAACAUCAUACGCGUCCUGGUGAUGAAAUUGCGCCAGAGUCAAGCCAGCGAUAUCGAGCAGACGCGCAAGGCGGUGCGUGCAGCCAUUGUGCUGCUUCCCUUGCUGGGUAUCACCAAUUUACUGUACCAAGUACCUGCACUGAACUUGAAGCCGCCAUGGAAAUUCGCCAUUUGGUCGUAUGGGACGCAUUUUCUAACCUCAUUUCAGGGAUUUUUCAUUGCCUUGAUCUACUGUUUCCUAAAUGGUGAGGUUCGCACCGUUCUACUGAAAAGCCUCGCCGUCUACAUGUCCGUACGCGGUCACCCCGAAUGGGCGCCAAAACGUGCCUCAAUGUUCUCCGGCGCCUAUAACACUGCACCCGACACCGAAGGCCAGGCCGGUGGCACGCCACAGGAUGGCAAAAGAAACGAUCACUCGCCCACCACACGCCGCAUGAAUGGCCGCAGAUAUAGCGCUGCCGCCACCGGCACGCACAUACCCGGGCGCCGGCUCUCCAGCGGCAGCACCUACCGCCACCAGCAGCGACGUGUUAGUAAUCACAACAACAACGUUGCCGCACAUAUAGCGCGUCGGCAGAGCAACAACGGGGGCGGCGGAGGUACCAGCAGCAUUGGUAGCAGCAGCGGCGGUGGCGGCAGUUGGCUCUUGACGCUGUGCUUUGGCGGCCAAAAGAACAAAUGUGUGAUGUCUAGCAAAAAAAUAUCUACGCAAAUAUUUAUGACAGCAAAAGCCAAGACGCCAGCGACUUACGCCACUGAAGUGGGGCGUCGAUGAGCAGGAGACGACGAAGCUGGCAUUGGAAGUCGACUAGAAAAUACUAUAUGAUUGCCAAAAAAAAGCGUUUAGCUUAAGAACUAGCUUAAAUAUUUACAUACAAAAAUACAUACAUACAAACAUAGAAAUCAUAAGCAAAAAACAAUUAUGGAAUUGAGUGGCAGACUCUGCUGUCUGUCCGUGCUAAAAUAAAGAAUUCCCCAGUGGAGAAUGAAAGAUGAAGAAUGAGUAAUAAACUGUGCAGUCGUUGGAGCCAAUCGAAUCGAAAAUUUUGUUACAUUUUGGCAUCACCUGUUCGUUUUUAAUUUCACAAAAACGCUACCAUGCGAAAAAAAGCUCAACAAGGGCUUUUAAGCGAUUAUGGCCUAGUUCAGUAAACUGUGUAUUCGAUUUUGGAUUCCUUAAAAGAAACGCUUUUGCAAAACUACUCCGACUUAUGGCCCGCGACUGUACUAAUAAAGCAUACAUUUUUUAUACUUAAUUUUUACACAUAAGCUGAUCGAUUUGACUAUAUAAACGAGCAUUGUUACGGCAAAUAUUUUAAAAUCACUUCAUUUCGUUUUGCAAAGCAACUAAAAGCUCCUAUUUAAUAAUUAAGCGUUUUCUAAAAGCAACUAAUUUUAGCUGAAUCGCGUAAAAUGAAGGUGUAAAAUACUAACUGUAGGUAAUAUCUGAUUUCUAAUUAGUUAUCUUUACGAAAAUGUGUAGCAAAUUUGCCUAAAGUGGCAAAAAAAACACUCUGAAGUCGAAUGCUUUCCGGAAAAAAAGUUGCGUCUAUUAGUGGGUGGAUUGCAAUAAAGCCUACCUUUAGGCACUCGCUACUAACUACUACUAGAAAGCAAAUAUAAACUUACAAAAGCUAAACUACACUUAGCUAAAAUUAAAUAUAAAAUUAAAUAAAAGCGCCAAACAACUUGACAAAAGAAGAUUAAAAAGCUAUAAAAACGCGAAUAAAAAUAACAUUGGCUCUGUACAGCUUUUGAAGCCCACAGGGCACCUCAUUGAUUAGCCUAAUAAACAUUAGAAUGUACUAAAAUUAUAUUUACAAAAAAAAAAUUAGAAAAAUAAAUGAUAUAAAAAAAUAA